GAAUAAUGUAUCUGUGGCCCUGGACAUGAAGUAAUCAGUCCUCUGUUACUGCUGACGUAGGUCGGGGACUGAUGAGUGAAGCAUGGACCUAAUGAACGGACAGACAAGCAGUGUUAAUAUCCCAGCUACUGCUUCUGAGAAAAGUAGCAGCUCUGAAUCAUUAAGUGACAAAGGUUCUGAACUGAAGAAAAGCUUUGAUGCAGUGGUAUUUGAUGUUCUUAAGGUUACACCAGAAGAAUAUGCGGGUCAGAUAACACUAAUGGAUGUCCCAGUAUUUAAAGCUAUUCAACCAGAUGAACUCUCCAGUUGUGGAUGGAAUAAAAAAGAAAAAUAUAGUUCUGCACCAAACGCAGUUGCCUUCACAAGAAGAUUUAAUCAUGUGAGCUUUUGGGUUGUUAGAGAGAUUCUUCAUGCUCAGACAUUGAAAAUUAGAGCAGAAGUUCUGAGCCACUAUAUUAAAACUGCUAAGAAACUAUAUGAACUGAAUAAUCUUCAUGCACUUAUGGCAGUGGUUUCUGGCUUACAGAGUGCCCCAAUUUUCAGGUUAACUAAAACAUGGGCGUUAUUAAGUCGAAAAGACAAAACUACCUUUGAAAAAUUAGAGUAUGUAAUGAGUAAAGAAGAUAACUACAAAAGACUCAGAGACUAUAUAAGUAGCUUAAAGAUGACACCUUGCAUUCCCUAUUUAGGUAUCUAUUUGUCAGAUUUAACAUACAUUGAUUCAGCAUAUCCAUCAACUGGCAGCAUUCUAGAAAAUGAGCAAAGAACAAACUUAAUGAACAACAUCCUGCGGAUAAUUUCUGAUUUGCAGCAGUCCUGUGAAUACGAUAUUCCCAUGUUGCCUCACGUCCAAAAAUACCUGAACUCUGUUCAGUAUAUAGAAGAACUACAAAAAUUUGUGGAAGAUGAUAAUUACAAGCUCUCACUAAAAAUAGAACCAGGGACGAGCACACCACGGUCUGCUGCUUCCAGGGAAGAUUUAGUAGGUCCUGAAGUAGGAGCAUCACCACAGAGUGGAAGAAAAAGCAUAGCAGCUGAAGGAGCCUUGCUGCCACAGACACCUCCGUCCCCUCGGAACCUGAUUUCCCAUGGACACAGAAAGUGCCAUAGCUUGGGUUAUAAUUUCAUUCAUAAAAUGAACACAGCAGAGUUUAAGAGUGCAACGUUCCCAAAUGCAGGGCCGAGACACCUGUUGGAUGAUAGUGUCAUGGAGCCUCAUGCACCAUCUCGAGGUCAAGCUGAAAGUUCCACUCUUUCUAGUGGAAUAUCAAUAGGUAGCAGUGAUGGUUCUGAACUAAGUGAGGAGACCUCCUGGCCUGCUUUUGAAAGGAACAGAUUAUACCAUUCUCUGGGCCCGAUGACAAGAGUGGCACGAAAUGGCUAUCGAAGCCACAUGAAGGCCAGCAGUUCUGCAGAGUCAGAAGAUUUGGCAGUACAUUUAUAUCCAGGAGCUGUUACUAUUCAAGGUGUUCUCAGGAGGAAAACUUUGUUAAAAGAAGGCAAAAAGCCAACAGUAGCAUCUUGGACAAAAUAUUGGGCUGCCUUGUGUGGAACACAGCUUUUUUAUUAUGCUGCCAAGUCUCUGAAGGCUACAGAACGUAAACAUUUCAAAUCAACAUCAAAUAAGAAUGUGUCAGUAGUAGGAUGGAUGGUGAUGAUGGCGGAUGACCCAGAACAUCCAGACCUCUUCUUGUUGACCGAUUCUGAAAAGGGAAAUUCAUACAAGUUUCAAGCUGGCAGUAGAAUGAAUGCAAUGCUGUGGUUUAAGCAUUUGAGUGCAGCCUGCCAAAGCAACAAACAACAGGUUCCUACAAACUUGAUGACUUUUGAGUAGAAGCGUGGGGAAGAUGAGGUGAAUCCCUGCUUCUGGAUGGGAGUGGGACCUGAUAAGAGCGCCAGCUGCAGACCAUCCGUGCCAGGAAGAACCCUAGGCGCCAUCUCAGCCUUUGGAGUUCUGAACCAAAAAGCACUCAUUUCAGGGAAUGAAGUGAAAUAUUCCCAGAGAACAAAUUGGAGUUACAAAAUAAACUGCCAUGAACCAUGGUUCUUAUCUCUGAACUGACCUGUGGAAACCACUGCCUUAAAAGAGUGAAAGGAAAACCAACAUGAAACACCAAAUAGUGUGUGUGAAUCUUCUGGCGGUGCUGUGCUUGAAAUAGAUCGUAGCUAAUUUGCAUUUCUUUUACCUUGGUACUAAUUUCAGAGGGGGGAAUCAUCUUUUUUAGAUACAGUUUAAAAAGAAAAAACAUAUUUCUUACGGAUUACACCAGGAGCUGGCUUUGAACUGCAGAGAACAGGUACUUUAACUUAGGGAUUAUACCAGCAGCCACCUGCAAGGUUUGUUCUGCCGCCACUCGUGUGUCCUCACUCAUUUUUCUAACAUGAAGAGUGUAGGAAUUAGAAGUGUUAAAUAUGUAAGUUGUGGGGUUUGUUUGAGAUGGGAGGUGUUUGUUUUGGUUUAGAUAAGGGGACAAGGGGACGAUACCUUAGAAACACUAAACUUCAGACUUUAGUGCUAUUAGGGGGGAACAUUGCCUGCAGGAGGCACAAAGGCCAAGAGUUCAUAUGCCAGGCAGUUUCUUAAAAGUAGGCUCCACAAAACAUGGUUGUUUCUAACUGGGAUUAAAGCUUAGCGUUACAUGAAUUCAUUGCUGGACCACAGAUCUGCCUAAUAGAGAACUGCAAUCCCAAGCUAAACUUUCCUGAGAAGAUUUUACAGUAACUAGCCCCUUCCCUCUCGAGUUGAUUGGAUUAACCCUUUUCCUAGUCACAGGUGGUUUUUAUCAGUGAGGGUGGUAAUACUGAUAUUUCGCCAGGAUAUUUUCUUUUACAGUGUUUAAUGUGCAUAAUGCCAGUUUUUGUUGUCUUUGUGAUUAUUCACUUCUUUUUGUUCAAUAUGAGAUUCAGUUUGUACAUGUUUAAAAGAUUAUUUAUGUUUUAUCAUAAGAUAAUAAUUUUAAGAGGGCUAAAGGCAAAAGUUGGAGGUUCUGGGAAUCUUAAGUAUCAAACCCUUCCUUCUUACAUGACUCACCACGAGCAUACUAAAACAUUUUUUCUGAAAAUUUACUAAUAGUUCCCUUACAUGAAACCAUAUUUUGGCAGCAGUUGACUAAGCUGUUUUGACAGAAUUCUUCUAUGCAAUAAUGCGUUUAAUCUCUAAAAUAAAUGUUGAGUUUAAAGUUAAAGAAACAAAAGGAUGCAAUACCUUAGAAUUUUAUAACAGCAACAAAAAAAAUAGCAUUUGAAUAGAGAUUCCACGUUGGAUAUUAUAUCCUUAUGAGGCAUCACAAACUUUGGGCCUCACAUAAAUAAAUCCUUAAGAGAACUGUAUCUGUAUUGUAUUUUUCCCUCAAGUCCAUUAAAAGAAAAUACAUGUUUAAUAUUUAGCUAAAAAUGUGUCCGAAGGAAAGUGAGAGCUUUUUCUGCCUGUUAUGUUUGUUUAUAAAUUUGGUUUUGUGUUUGGAAGAUGUUAAGAGUUCAGAUACGUUUGUCAUAUGAUAGAAAUACAUUGCUUCUGAGUUUUAGUGACAGGCUAAAGAGGAAAAAAUGUUGCCUGUGCUGAAUGAUUUUUUCAGUUAAUGAUCUAAGUUUAACCCAUGUUGGGUACAUAGAAAGACGUCAUCCGCAUAGCCAGCAGUAUUACUGUAGAGACCUUGCACAUCUUUUGUUUAGCAUUUGUUUUAAUUUCCUUACUUUAUUUCUUUCUUGAAAUAACUUUAAGUGUAUUCCUUUUUUAAAAAAUUGUGAAUAAAAACCCUGUGGAUUUUGUUAUUUUGUUUGUCAUAAGUAAGCUAAAGUAGACAUGUCUUAGUUUAACCAUAUCUGUGGAAAUAUGCAACUGGAAGUCACAGACUGACAUCACAUAGUUUUGCCAAAGACAGCAUUAAGAUGGAAGGUGUGUUUGAUAUUUUCAGCUCUAAACAGUGGAUGCGUAUAUAGCAUAAGCAUAGUGUUCAAAUUCAGUUAAUAGUUCAUGGAUAGAAUUGUGGCCUCUGGCUGACUGAAACAACCCAGUAGUGCAGUAGAAAUCACUAUUUUUCUAUCUUCAUUGUUCCAUUCAAAAGAUCAGACAUUGCUUUUAGGGUUAUUUUCUCAUUUGAAGCAAAUUUGAAAAGAAUUGAAGUGCAGGUGAGUUUUGAUCUGUAAUUCACAAAAUAUGAUUAUAAUUCAAGCAAAUAAGUCACCAAACUGUAUUAAGUAGUUUAUUAGUGAGAAGAUGAAUCUUUUUACUGUCCUCGGUUGUAAAUUAAUGACUCAAAAGGUAAACAUUUCCAUAAAUGUGAAGCUCAUUUGUUUCCACCCUAGUCAAGAACUCAUUAGAAUUUCAGUUAAAAUUUAAAUUAAGCUGGUGUAUAAACAUGAUGAUUGGCAUAUUUUAUGUCUGGUGUAGUGGUAUACAAUACUAGCCAAAAUACAAUUUGAGGCAUUUUUAUUUAAUAACUUCCUAUAAACUGUAAAAAUAACUACCUAAUGACCUCCCGGAGCACUAUUUUGGUUAUGUAUCUGUCCCCUUGUUCAAGCUCUGCUUAUUUUUCAGAGUACUAUUUUUACCUCUACUCUGUAAAAAUUGAAAGAGAACUGAUCAAACUCACCUUCCCAUUUUGUUUUCCUCAUUGUGUAAAUAUUAUUUGUAUAAACAUUACAAAAGGGAUCCAAACAAUGAGUUUGAGUGUGUUGUUUUUUGUUUUUUUCUUUUCUCUUCCCCAGGCAUGUGCUCCAUUGAUAAAUACUUUUCCUGUGUGGAAAACGCCAUGUAACUAUUGCACUACUGUAUAUAUGCACUGCAUUGGUAUUGGGUCUUUCUGUAUGUCAAGAGUCAGGAUAUUUAUUGUUACAAAGCUUUUGUAAGUGGCCCUUUUCCUCUUGUAGAAGAUGUAUAAAGGAGCCCAAAAAGUAUUACUGUUAUGGAAGGAAAAAAGAAUGGAAAAAUGUUUACAAUCUCUAGUAUAUCUGUUAGUUGAACUGGGGCCCUCAUCGCCUCUUUCUGGAUUAUUAGAAUUUACCUGGCCAAACGCCUUUUGUAUAAUUUUUUUUUUCCUAAGGUUAAAUCUGUAAGGUCUAUACAUUUUAUUACUGAAAACAAAACCAUAGACCAUCAUUAAUUAUAAAUGAAUACUGCAUUAAUCCAUUGGCAUUUUAAAAGAAUUCACCUUUUUUUUUGAGGCACAUUUAUUUAUAGCCAGUUUUUGAGCCACCAUAUUAUCUUCUGUAAACAAGGGAUGCCAGGGUUUCUUAACAGGAGAUAAUCUAAAGAAAUCCUCUCCCUCAAAGGCUUUUGACAUAAUUGGAUCCCUUUUUGAAAAUGGAGAUAAAUUCAACUGUAUCAGUGGAACAGUAAUGCUACUGUUGCAUGAAUCAGUCAUACAAAGCAAGUGAUGAGGUUUGUCUGACUUCUUUUAGUGACAUUUUAGGGUUGGUUUUUUUCCCCUCUUUUUUGUAUUGUUUUGUUUCAGACUUAGUAAAUUUAUGAUUUUCUAGCCAUAGUGGUAUUCUGUUUUCUCUUAAGCCUUUGAUAUACAAAAAUUGCUAUUAAAUCACAUUGUUGACAAGUUACUUUCCAUGUGAACCUUUUCAAAAUGAUUUAAAUUACCUUUUGGAUUUGCUCCAUAAAAAUGGCUUGUGUCUAAAAUGACUUUCUAUUUAAAGGGUUCUAGUGAAAGAGAUACGUGCAUACAAACUUCUACUAAAUGUAUUGAAAGCAUUUUCACUGCAUCUUUAUCUCAAGUUGCAGUGUGGGGAAAGUUUGAUCAGUGCCUUACCAAUGAAGACCAAUUUCGAGCAGUGAGUAUGACAGUAAUCAUUUACCCUCUUACUUCAGGAGUGUGCUAUCCCUCUCUCCACCAGCUUAAUCUUGCAGCAAGAUUUAAGGAAGUCUGUACCAAUACUGCCAAGUACUUGUUGCAGUCCUCCUGAUUUUUGAGUCUUUUUUUAUGCAAGUUCUGUCCCAGUUUCUCUCCUUUCCAGGUAGAAGAUUAAAAAUAAAUCCACUCAAACCAACCUUUGGAUAAACCCUGUAACACAAGAACAUCCAUCCAGCUGAGUUCAUUCUUUAUUGUGUUGUGUUGAACAUAGAUUUAAUGAUAAGGCCUCCUUGGAAAACCCCUAAAAAAUAAAAUGCAUCCAGAUAUAUUUGGGUUUUAUUAAAGUAUUGAAAUCUUGUAAUGACAGUCCUUUGGGCAGAAAUGAAAUGUAUUUCGGUUUGUUCUUACACUUCAGAAAGACCACCGAAUCGAGUACUUAACUUGCCACUUACUGUUUGCCUGAAAACAUUAUGCAAGAAAGUAAAACAACUCUGGUAUACAAAUUAAAGGGAAUUUAAGAGACUAAACUCACUUUCUCAGUGAAAGAAAAGCUUAGAAAUAGUUUGCUCCUCUGAGAUUUUGGAAGACCUAGAGCAACUGUUGUUUAUCUGUGUCAAGAUACUAUUUUCACAUUUUUUAAAGGGCUAGUAUGUUCCAGAGUAGGCUAGUAGAUAGUCUUUAAUCCCAAAUGAAAGGGUUAACUGGUCCUUGAGGGUUAUUAGCAGAAUUUAAAUUUUUAUUUUAGUCACUUAGACUGCAAAGCAGUGGUGGGAUUUAAAAAACAAUGUAUUUAGUGUGUUUUAGGGUGGAAUUUCUUUCCUUAAACUAUAAAUACUAGUUACGUUUUAGAAACCAGGCCACAAAAUACUGUUUUCCCUGAAGAUACCAACUAGAACUACUACAAAUAUAGUCCAAUAAUUAUUAUUAUGUGUGACCGUAAAGUAGCUGAUGUCAUCAAACUUUCAAGUGUUUCUAUACAUUAUUGACAUUUUUGACAAAUUACUGAAGCAUAUGUGUAAGAGGCCAGCAGUCUGGUUCACUACAGUCUAAAGGGAAUCGGAAAUCUGGAGGGAUAAGUAUCCAAUGAUGGUAAUACACAGGAAAACACAAGCCAUUUUUAUUCUUUAUCCCAGUCAACUUGAGGUAUUCAAAUGAUGAAGCUUUCAAUUGCACUAUGACCUUCUUGAGUGAUGUGCAACUUGGUUCCUCUCACUUUUUGUUUCUUUUUAAUAUGCAAAUGUGAGUGUGUGAUCUUCAGCGUGUUUGCAUAAGCUAACUUAAAAUGAGUUUAAGUUUUCUGAAGUAUUUCUAUUGAAAUAAAUCACUAAAAAUUA